AGAGCCACCAAGCCAGCGGCAGGGCGUCGGGCCUCGCGUUUCAACUUCUGUUCGGUUCUCCUGUAAUGGAAAAUUGCUUUGCACGAAGCUAGAGGGUUACAGUUCUUUCCAGCGCCCCUCCCCCGCCCCUCCCUGGCCUCCUGGUCAGAGGGACAGUGCCCGCAGGAUGCAAAGGAGGGUAUCACAGCUUCUGACUAUGUCCCUUGCUGCAGGCCCUGGGCCCGGGUGGUUACUCUUUUCCUUUGGAAUGGGAUUGGUGUCUGGGUCAAAGUGUCCAAAGAAUUGUCAGUGUCAAGCCCAAGAAGUGGCCUGCACAGGGAUGCAGUUAACUGCUUACCCCUCCGACGUACCCCUGAGCACCCGGAGGCUGUACCUGAAUGACAACGCCAUCACUUUUUUGCCAGCGAUGAAUCUAGGACUCCUCAGUGACCUUGUUUACCUGGACUGUCAGAACAACCUCAUUCGGGAGGUGAUGGAUUACACCUUCAUCGGGGUCUUCAGGCUCAUCUACCUCCGUCUCAGCUCCAACAACCUCCUGCUGGUCUCCCCACACAGUUUCUCUGUGCUGAGCAGCCUGGUCCACCUGGACAUCUCCAACAACCCUCACCUGUUCUCUCUGAGCAAGUACACCUUUGCCAACACCAGCUCUCUGAGGCACCUGGACCUCAGAAACACCGGCUUGCAGACCUUGGACCCCACUGCCUUCCACAGCCUCGUAACACUGCAGACCCUGUAUCUGAGCGGAAACCCCUGGAAGUGCAACUGCUCUUUCCUGGACUUUACCGUCUACCUGCUAGUGUCCCAUCUGAACCAUCCAG